CUCCUUUCUUUUCAAGCUUACUGCCUCAUACAAACUCCGAUUUUUGGAUACAAAGAAAAAGUAAAAUAUUUAUAUAAAUGUUGUCUCCUGAAUCUCAAAACUUCGCCUCCGCCGUUAGCGGCAACCCUUCGAAGAAGCGUUCAGUUCGUGUGCUUCCCAAGAAGGUGUCCCCUAAAAAACCAUCUCCUAAGAAAAUGUCACCUAAAAAGUCAUCUCCCAAGAAGGCGUCUCCGAAGAAGGUUGCAGCUAAGAAAGCUUCUGUAAAGAAGGCAGCCGCAGGGUUUGUUUCAAAAAAGGUUGCUGCCAAGAGGGUUGUUUCCAAGAAGGCAUCUCCCAAGAAGGUUGGUGCCAAGAAGGUUGUUGGCAAAAAGUCAUCCCCCAGGAAGGUUGUUGGCAAAAAGGCAUCCUCCAAGAAGGUUGUUGGCAAAAAGGUUCCUACCAGGAAGAUAUCCCUCAAGAAGGUUCCUACCAGGAAGAUAUCCCCUAAAAAGGCUCUGAAGAAAGCUUAAACUCGAUGAAGAACCUUUUCUAACAGGAAGGCGAAUGGAAUGACGUUAAUUUCUUCAUCAGUGCGUGUAAACAAUCAUAUACCAAGUUCAACACUACACUGUUCUCGAAAUCCCUAUAGAUUUAAUUUCUAUUUUCUAUGCACUUUUUCCAGCGGACAUGCCUUGUUAGAGUCUUUUUCCUUAUAGAAUACUUUUUCUUUUUUAAUUCUAAGUAUUUUUCUUUUUCUUUUUGUAUGGAAAACAUUUACAGUUAGAUGAUUCGCAUAAAUGUCAUGGGUAUAUGACCUCCUCAUUUCAAGUGCGGAGAAUCUGAAAAUAUAAAUAGAGGAGAUACAUUGAGACGGAAUCUUUUUUCAUCAUUACUAAAAAAA